AAUUGACCUACUGAAGCAUUCUUUUCAUUUAACCUUGUUGGAAUCUCAACUGAGAGCAUAACUUCUUUCGUAAGAGUUAUCCAGUGUCGCCUACAUUCCAGACCAUCCAUAGACCUUGGGCAUGGAAAUAAUUUGAGAUAUAAUGUCAGCUGGCUGAAAAUUUAUCUGCCAAAAUGUCAAAAAGGCCAUCCUAUGCCCCACCUCCCACCCCUGCUCCCACAACCCAAAUGCCCAGCACACCAGGGUUUGUGGGAUACAAUCCAUACAGCCAUCUGGCCUACAACAACUACAGGCUGGGAGGGAACCCGGGCACCAACAGCCGGGUCACGGUAGGAGAAUCAACUAUUACAUCAUCCGGCAAACAACAGGAAUUGACCAGAAAUGGCUUUAGAGCUUCCUCUGGUAUUACAAUUCCUAAACCUCCAAAGCCACCGGAUAAGCCUCUGAUGCCCUACAUGAGAUACAGCAGGAAGGUCUGGGACCAAGUGAAGGCAUCCAACCCUGACUUGAAAUUAUGGGAAAUUGGCAAGAUCAUUGGAGGGAUGUGGCGAGAUCUCACUGAUGAGGAGAAGCAAGAGUACUUGAAUGAAUAUGAAGCAGAAAAGAUAGAGUACAAUGAAUCCAUGAAGGCCUACCAUAACUCGCCUGCUUACCUAGCCUACAUCAAUGCAAAGAGUCGGGCUGAGGCUGCGUUGGAGGAAGAAAGCCGACAAAGACAAUCACGCAUGGAGAAGGGUGAACCUUAUAUGAGCAUCCAGCCAGCAGAAGACCCAGAUGAUUAUGAUGAUGGAUUUUCGAUGAAGCACACGGCUACAGCUCGUUUCCAGAGGAACCACCGUCUGAUCAGUGAGAUACUGAGUGAAAGUGUGGUACCAGAUGUCCGUUCUGUUGUCACUACAGCUAGAAUGCAAGUUCUCAAACGCCAAGUUCAGUCCUUAAUGGUUCAUCAGCGAAAACUAGAAGCUGAGCUCCUUCAAAUAGAGGAGCGUCAUCAGGAAAAGAAGAGGAAGUUUUUGGAAAGCACAGAAUCCUUUAACAACGAACUGAAAAGGUUAUGCAGUUUGAAGGUGGAGGUGGACAUGGAAAAAAUAGCAGCUGAAAUUGCUCAGGCUGAGGAACAGGCCCGUAAGAGGCAAGAGGAAAGGGAAAAAGAAGCAGCUGAGCAAACUGAACUCAGUCAGACUAAUGCAGCCGCUGAGGAAGAGCAAGCAGUCAACAAGACGGAGGAGAAGAAGGAAGAGGAGAGCAUUCCCAUGGAGACAGAGGAGGCUCACCAAGAAGAAACUGCAGAGAACCAGCAGAACGGUGAGGAAGGAACAUCGACGCCAGAAGAUAAGGAGAGUGGCCAGGAUGGGGUUGAUAGUACUGCAGAGGAAGGAACUAGUGACAGUAACACUGGUUCAGAGAGCAACAGCGCAACAGUGGAGGAGCCUCCAGUAGACGCCACCCCUGAGGAUAAUGAGAAGAAAGAAUAAAUGCUAGUUUAUUCCAUGGCUCUUAACAAAGUACUGGUUUCUGUUUGAAAUGUGCUGUGUGUUUUUUUUGUUUGUUUGUUUGUUUUUUGUUUUUUUAAACUCACUCUUCCUUGUCCGUAUCAUUUGUCACCAAAGGAUACUGGGCAUUAACUACUGAUUAUCAUAAUGUAUCCAUACCAACAUGGCCAACCCAAAGGGGUCUUUAGGGAGUGAGGAAUGUCUUAAUAGUAACCUACAAAGGAAAACACAGUAUUUGUGUCUUUAACUUUAUAUAUAUAUAUGAAAAGAGUAUCCUGGAUGGCCUGAUCUCCCCCCUCACACACACAAACACACACAGAGUUAGUGAUUUUUACGUAAGAAAUAUCAAGUAUCUACUCUGUCUGUUCUAAUGAGGAACUCCUUUGACAGGGGUGGCAUCCCCUCCCUUUCUGCUGAAGUCUGGGUAAAGCACAGCUUGAGUUUGACCUUUUGUGAGGCUUACCAAUCCACUCCUAUUCUCUGCCUUAGCCUCAGGUGUUUUCCUCCAAAGCCAUCAUCUUGUUUACCAUAAGGGAAUACUAAAUAUGUACCCAAGGAGUUGAUAUCCAACCCUGAAUGCUAAUGAAGUAGCAUUGAAUUGGGGACAGCAUUUUGUUUGUAUUCACAUCUCUAGAAUAAACACUGUUUGGGAUUAGAAUUUUUAGAUGCUCUAAUGCAAAUUGCAUUGGUGCCAACCAGGAAACUCCACUGGUUCCAGGCCCAUCAUAGUGAGAUCAAACACCUAAUUGCAUAAGCCCCACUAUAGUUUAUUUUAUUUUGUUUCUGUCUCUCUUUUUUUCUCUCUCUCAAGAGAACUGACAUUCCUCUGGCUGAAAUAAUGGAUUUGUCUUUCAGGUAGUUGUCAUGUUGCUAUCUGUAUGCCAGGAAAAGAGCAUGAAGCAUUAGAAGGAUUUAAAAGUACAGCAAAGUAAAAGUCGCUUUGCUUUGCUUUUGUAGCUGCCUCCCUGUUUGCCAGGUGUAAUAUCUCCAGUAAGUAUCAAGUCCUUCAGUCUUUGCUCACUGAAAACUUGCCUUUAAAUCUAUGAAGAGCUUUCCUCAAUGAGACUACCAGACUUGAUCCUAUUUCUUCUGUGUGGUCUCUGUUCCCUUUCAUACAGUAACAGCAGCUGUUUCACAAGAGAGAAAAGGCAAGUUCUUGUAUGCUCUGAAGAGUCAUAUGCACAUUUCCAAAUAAUCAGAAGCUUGAUCUGUUUCAAAUGCUAUUAUUGUGGUUACGGUAUGCCUCAGGGCUGUUUUAUGUAAUGUGGGAUUCGUAUCCGCAUCAGUCACUGUUAAUCUGUGCUCUUUGAUCUUUGUUCAAUACAAAGGACUAUCCAAAGGUGUGGCAAAAUAUAAAGCAAGGGAAUACUUAAGUAUGUCAUAUUUCUUGCCCUCCAAUGAUGACUGUUGUGAAUGCAGAAUAAACAGUAACAAAUAGCCGCCUUCCUUGACAUGAGCUUUCAAGCACUCUAGCAAUUUCAAAAUAUGAAAACUCUGUUGUUUCCCUACUCCAAACAACCACCCCUUUCAAAUAAAAUAAGGCAGACACCAGACAUUUCAUGACUUUUUCCAGCCACAAGAGACCACAUGAUGCAUUUGCUUCGUGUAAGCUCUAGAAGGUUUUUACUGAAUAGUAGUAUUUCUGAUAGUAUGUUCUUUUAAAAAAAAUGUUUUGGUCUUUUUUUAAAUGUUCUAAACAUAAUAAAGUAGAACAUGGGUUUU